AUGGCGAGCAUGAGAGAUGUGGAUACAGCAAUGUGGCUUCACAAUAAGUUAUCUAGUGACGAUAUGUGGUCAGGAACCAAUAUCUGGUCUUUCUUAACUACAGAUGUUUUAAGAAAUAUCCAAGAUUGUUUUCAUACAUUAGAUUCUCAAGUGAAAAUCAAGCUCCUCAUGUCAUUUCUCUACAUACCAAGGAGAAGUGCCCAGGAGAUGAGUUCCGAAUUAAAUGAUAUUUUAGAAAUAGGUUCUGGUGAUUCUGAUGAUUGGGUAAGAAUUCUGUCAGAAAUAUUGAGAACUUAUCCAGAAACUGGGAGUCUAAAUAUUGAUUUGGAAAAUGUUAGUCCUGUGUUUGCUGCCAUUGUUCAAGAUAUUAGACAAAUAU